UUCACUUGGGCUCCACCUUUAACAUUUCGGCUCUCGGGCAACAAAACGUGGUUUUGGAACAACAAAAUAUUUAUUUCGCAAUUAUUGGCUAAAAUCGGCCACCGUUCGACGGCAAAGUGUAGUUCGGCAGAAUCGGUACCGUUUCGGGACUUCCGGUGUGCUAAAGUGCGUCGAAAUCGAACACGUCCGGCCGUGGCAGGAUCGAUUGAAAUAUUUGCACCUCGUUUUCAACUUCGAUUCAAGUCCGAAGAAGAGUGUAUCGAGCAGGAGCUCAGCCAGAGUGAGCAGAAGCAGAAGUGAGAAGUCUUUUUCUUCUUACCUUCUCUGGCAGCCGCAGAACACACCACAGGGAAGAAGAACUCGUCAAACGGCAGCAGCCAGCAAGAGUUCCCUUUGGAAGAGCCCAUCAUCCAUCAGGGGGCAGAGAAAAUCGAAAGGCUCUUCCUGUUUGAAAGUGUGGUUCGGAUCUUUUUUUUCUGUUUCGAUUAGUGGUGAUAGUUUUCUUUGGUACGGAAAAGCCAUUGAAAAAGUGUUGAGUGGAACGUGAAGCAAGGUUCUGAAAAGAAUCGGUCGAGAGAGUGAGUGCGUUUUAACCCCAAUUAAAGCAAGAAUUGUGCAGCCUGCUUCGAUCCUUUGCCAGUGUCCGUGCGGAAGAAGGAAAACCAGGCAGCUUUUGGCCUACUGAGCGCAGCCAAAGUUAUGUCAUCGUGAUUCUAUUCAUAGUGCGUGGUAGUAAACUAUUGUGUGUUGUGCAAACAAGCGGAGGAAUCUUCAGCAGUUUCCAGUGCCGCAGCAGUCCUAAGGACCAAACAGUACUGUCCUCGUAAACAUUACCGGCCCCCCAUCAGUUCCAUAACAAAAAGAGGCAACGCAAUGGCCAAUUCCGGAACGGCAGCAAGGUGCCUGCUCCUCAUCUGAGCUGUGCAAGCACGAGGAGUGAGCGAGAUAGCAAGAGCCUCGAACAGGCCAACAUGGAGCGAAAAGAUCGAUAAAGUAGUCGAACCCCCCAAACCGAAGAACAACAACGAGCGCUGACCAAGUGAGAAAGAGUAAGAAGUCGUCGUCUGUCUGCAUUACCGACUGACUGAACUCGGAUCUCCUUUUUCCUUUUGACAGUUUUGGCGGAAGAGUGAAAGAGAGCAGCGAGCAUUUCUUUUUCUUUUCGGUUUUGUUUUCAUUCCUCCUUCCGAGAGACACCGCAGAAGCUGGCCGCCAGAGUUCUAUCUCUGCUGCUGCAACUGCUACUCCAUAGUCAUUGCGCGAGUAAAAUUGUGUGAAGGGACUCGCACUGCGUGCAAGAUACGACCAUCCCUCCCUCGUAUCAACGUCUUCACUCCCCCUUCCGUCUGCCUAGAAUAGACCGCGUUGUCUAGUCUGGGUUAGCAAAUCGCCAGUCGAGAACAGGGAUAGAGAAGAGGAACGCAAUAAACACACAGACAAAAACAACCAAACCGUGAAAAUGGCUUCACACGUUUCGACAGAAACUGGCGCUAGCAAUACCGGUAACAACAAUAACAACACCGGUUCAAGUUCAUCCUACGCGAAUGUGCUGCUGAACAUCAAGGACCAAGCCCAGAAGCAGCAACAAAAGCAGCAGAACGAUAACAACAAGGAGAACAUUCGCAGUGAGAAGCCCGCCAGUUCGGGGCCUGCCCCGACAAGUGCUGCAAAGACACCGGAAGCCCCUGCCGGAAAGGAAGGCACUGGAGCUGCGGCCCCAACUACCACCGGAGGAGGCGGGGAAGAUGCCGAGGACGAUGCCAGCUUUGUUCCGGUGGUGUCGCACAGCAAGAGGGACCGCCGCUCGAGACAGAAAGCUGCUGCGGCGGCCGCUGCUAAGGGCGGUGAAGAACAGCAGGCAGGUGGUAAACCGCCUUCCAAAUCAUCCCGCCGUUCAGGCAGGGGAGGAGGCGGUGGCGGUAGUGGCGUAGGAAGUGGCCCUAGUGCGGGAGCACCUGGAGCUGGCCCAGCUAAGGAGUCUGUCGAAGGAGGUGUGCCCAGUGGUGGACCUCCUGCGAAAAAGGACGGCAAAAAGAAGGCUGGUGAGAGGCGACGAGGUGCACGUGGAUCACGCGGUGGGGAAUCCGAGAAGGAGGACAAAAAUCCGGAAAAGGAACCUGCGGGUGAACCGAGCACCUCUAACAAGGUCAGCAGCGAAGAUGGAUCCGACAAGGAAGCACCGAAAAAGUUUGUGGAAGCACCGCUGCCCAAAGUGAAUGCUUGGAAGGUAACUCCAACGGUUGAACCAGCACCCAUCCCAUCCGGUGACGCAAAAACGGCAAAAUCCUCCGAAUCAAGCUCAACAGCGGGAGCAGUAGCUCCGUCUUCUGCUCCUGCUGCAGCAACUACUACUACUACCACCACCACCACGACUACAGCUGCACCACCACCCCGCAAAGCACCUCACACUCACCCCCAGGAAAAGCGAGUACUUCAACCCAAACAACAGUCAAAGGCCCCUCCACAACCAGCCAAAGCGAGUGUUCAACCGAAACCAGCCCCAGAACAACCGAAACCAGUUCCCGCUCCAGCAAAAGAGAAGAAGCGACCUAGUCAAAAGUCAAGUGACCUGUCCAGCAAUACCGAUUGGCCAACGCUGGAUUCCAAAUCCGCUGAAUCGAAGAAACAAGGAACUGAACAAGCACCUGCCGCAGUAUCCGCCACAGAACCGGAAAAGCCACCAUCCACCACCACCACCAGUGAAACUCCAGCAGCCGCCCCUGUCCCCAAACCUGCCCCAGUCAGCGCAGUUUCUGCAGCGCCGAAAUCUCAACUCCCAACAUCAACGGCGUGGCAGGCACCCCAUGUGGAAACAGCCGCAACCCAAACUCAGCAACAAGUUCCUGCCAAACAGCCCGCCACCGAGGAAGAUCACAAUCGACCGAAGAGUGCGGAUUCUGGUGAUCAGAUCAACGGUGCAAACAGCCGCAAGGGACCUCGUCCCAAGUGGGUCCCCCUGCCGAUCGAUCUGCCAAAACAGCGAGGUCGCCGGGAACGAACCCCCCGUCGACGCCGAUACGAUGAGUACGAGGAAAGUAGCUGGCAUCAGGAACGACCGCCACCACCACUACCACGAACCAGUCGUAUCCGAACCAGUAGGGGCGGUGGCCCACCUCCCUCGUAUCGCGGCGGACGUGGAGGUCGACUUUCCCGCGGGGGACCAAUCCGAAGAGGGCCACCAUCGGCUCGGGGAGGUCACAUUCCUGGAGGACCGCGACAUGGCGAUCGGGGAGCACCUCACAUCGGGCAACCCCUUACCAACGGGGGAGAGUUUGUGCAGGAGUUCAACGGCGUGGGACAAGCGAUCGGAAAGGAACAGACUGCGUUCAUGAUGCCUUACCUCAGCACGUUCUAUUACAACGGAGCACCGCUCAUCGGUAUGGAUCAGCUGAGCAUCAAGGAGUGUAUCAAAAAGCAAAUUGAGUACUACUUUAGUGAGGACAACCUGAAACGCGACUUCUACCUGCGACGCAAAAUGGAUCCGGAAGGUUUCCUCCCGGUAACACUGAUCGCCUCCUUCCACCGGGUACAGGCGUUGACCGCUGAUCUGAACAUUAUCAUCACCGCCAUCCAGGAGUCCGACAAGCUGGACCUGGUUGAAGACUACAAAGUGCGCACGAAAAUCGACCCAACCAAGUGGCCGAUCGAUCCGGCGGACACCGGUACCCACCACCUGCCGUCUCACGUGUCAUCCACCACCCCUGCUGCUGCUUCUUCUGUGGAAGUCCCGGCUGAGGCCAAACCCGCGGUCCCCGUAGCUUCCAAAAUCCUGUCAAGUAUUCCACCCCCGCCAAAGCCUCGGAAUUUUCGUACUCAAAAUGCACAACCACAACUACAACAACCCGCCAUCAUCAAAGUUCCUUCGAUAGUCCCGGCAGUGCCCGUGGUGCCACCAAUGACUAAAACUCCAACGACAUCAGAAUCGGAAAACCUAAACCCCAACGUGCCAGAAUUCAUCCCGUCGGUGGCUCUAAGGAAGCUAUCAUCCGGUAAUGUCGCAACACCACCCGCCCCUGCCUCUGCUUCCUCCACAGAUACCCCUCCCCAAGCUACGCCCACAUCUCAACCGACGACCACCAAAAGCACAGACGAAAAAGAAAACAUUGCUCAGGACGGACAGGCUCCAAAAAACGCCGACCGGAAAUCUAACUCUAUAGCAGCUGGUGACAAGGACCAGGCUCCAUCAACCGAAGAAGCCGAACUGUGGAAAGAAGUGAAGCGACGCUCACGAUCUGCCCAGCCCCAUCCCAAAGUUCAGGACGGAGGACAAACUCCCAGCCAGGACAAAAAACGGGACUCCCGCAGCCGGAGCAAGGACCAAACUGAGGCAGCCGCCACUCUUCCACAACCUUCGACUCCAGGAGCAGCAGCCGCAGUUGCUGCCACGGGAAAAGCCACCACUGCAACACGGCCAUCCAAACCGAACGAAGAACGGGAGGAGUUAGAUUUCCAAUUUGACGAAGAACUUGACAUCCCGCGAGGGGGUGGCCGUGUAAACCAUUUCACCGACAACUGGUCCGAUGACGAGGACAGUGACUAUGAACUAUCGGAUCACGAAAUCAACAAGCUGCUCAUUGUGACUCAGGUACGCAACAAAGCACCAAAGCAUGACGGUUACGAUCGGACGGGUGACUUCACGACGCGUUCCAAGAUCACCCAGGAUCUGGAACAGAUCAUCAACGACGGCCUGUACAACUACGAGGAAGAUCUGCUGAUGCCCCGGGGCGGAAACUAUCGAACCGUGAACCUGAUCUCCCAGGAAGAGUUCGACAAGAUCGUCCCGAAACCGGCCAAAGUGGUCCAAGGGGCACCGCCUCCGCCACCACCUUCAACCUAUGUCGAACCGUCGGACUUGUUGAACGAAAGCACAACGAGCGCAACCCAUCGGCAUAAGGCACGCUUCUUCGCGGUGAACAAGGAUGAGUUCGUUGAUCCGAUCACACCCAGAAAGCGCAAGACAAGGCAUUUGAACAAUCCCCCGGUCGAAAGCCACGUCGGUUGGGUGAUGGACGCCGUAGAGCAUCGGCCACGCACUACCAGUAUGGGCAGCUCGACGGGCACCUCGCCGACGGCUUCCAGCUACGGUUCAUUGCCUCAAAGCUUGCCAACGUUCCAGCAUCCUUCGCAUUCACUGCUGAAAGAGAACGGCUUCACGCAGCAGGUCUACCACAAGUAUCACAGUCGGUGUCUGAAGGAACGCAAACGCAUGGGACCGGGCCAGUCGCAGGAGAUGAACACCCUGUUCCGGUUUUGGUCGUUCUUCCUGCGGGAAAACUUCAACAAAACCAUGUACAACGAGUUCCGCCAGAUCGCCAACGAGGAUGCCGCCGAUGGUUUCCGCUACGGGUUGGAGUGUCUGUUCCGGUUCUACUCGUACGGUUUGGAGAAGAAGUUCCGCCCGCAGCUGUACGAGGACUUCCAGCAGGAAACGGUCAAGGACUACGAAAAUGGCCAACUGUACGGUUUGGAGAAAUUCUGGGCCUUCCUCAAGUACUACAAGAACGCCUCCAAGCUGUCGGUGGAUCCCAAGCUGAAGGAAUACCUGGACAAGUUCAAGUCGAUCGAGGACUUCCGCGUGCUGGAACCGCAGAUCAACGAAAUGCUGGAAGGCGUCGGCAAACUGAAGUCGUCGCCCUCGAAGCGCCGGCCCCGAAGCGUGUCGGAAAGCGAAGGUUUUACGGUUGUGGCCGGCCCGAGCCACGCCAAACGUGCCCAUCACGGUGGCGCGGGUAGCGGAGCAGGUUCUUCCGGUGGAUAUUCCGGCGGGGGCAGCGCCGGUAGUAGUUACCAGCAUUACUACUACAGUCGCAAAAGAUGUGAUUCAGCAGGCAAUAGGUUGGUGGAUGUGACUAACCGACCGGGACCAUCGCGCGUGCGAACAGGAUCCUUCGGUGACGGUGCGGCCAAGGUUGUUGGUAGCCGUCCCCGAAGCGGUUCCACUGGCAACAAGGUAGUACGAAUGGCACCAAACGAAAGGUUCUCACUUAACCGACCAUCCGGAUCUGGCGGAAAGCCUCACCACCCUCACCAUCAGCAACAGCAGCAGCAACAAAAGCCUCAAAGCAGUACGAAAACGACAGAUGCUGCCACUGCUACUCCCUCUUCUUCCGGUACUAAUGCUGCUACUUCGGCUACGUCAUCAUCCUCAACAGCGGCUGCGGCAAAGACUUCAUCAUCGAGCGAGAAGACUGCGUAAGGCAUUCUGGGUGCUCUUUUUAAAGGGGGUGCGUCAGAACCUUCCGUUAAAUGGAAGCGCGGAUGCAUACGGAACUUGGACAUGGUCCUAUCGGGCGAAAAACACACUGAGAAACUGCAAAGAAAUGGUUUUGUGUUGCUUUUUACACACGUCCUACUAUGAAAUCGUUGUCAUAUCGCGUAUAUUUUUGCUCUUAUAUAUUUUACAUGAUGGAGAAUUGAUCGCUACGUAGAAAUUAUUGAUAUCAUCUUUUCCUCCUUCUUUCGUUUUCAUUAUUUUCUAUUUGAAACGAAUCUGAAUCUGGGUGCAUCGAAACUUUGAAACUAGUAACUCAUUUGGGAUCGACAAAAAUAAUCAAAUCAAUCACUAAAUUAAUCUAAACAUUUCGUAGAGUGUAGAAAGAAGAUAGUUUUCUAUUUGAUUUGGCAGACAAUAAUAUUUGCUUUUAUCCGACAUGGAUCAAGAAGAACAUCUUUCGAUCGAUACCUGUUAGUCGUGCACCGAAAUUGAAAGAGAGAAAAAUAAAUCCAAGAGUAUAUUUACUGCCAACCUUAUUCUCUUACUACGGUUUAACCAAUCGAACGAGUCGUAACGUUUAAAUGUCGCAUCAUUUUAUAGAGCUUUAUUGCGCGGUCUGUGUUUGAAUUAAUCUAUGCUUUUCGUCCCGGUUUUAUUGGAAUUCGUUCAUACAAAUGAUAUCGUGA